CACUCACACGCACGUACGCACGCACGCGCGCCCUCGCAGCGUAUGACAAACGACGACCAACGCCACAGAGCGGACCAAAGCAAAGCGGAGAGAAACGUGAAGCCUCGCGUCGCCUAUUUGUUCAUAAUUGUUUGGUUAUGAUUUCCUUCUUUGAUUUUAUUUUGACAGCAUCCGGUUGCCUUCGCAUCCCGGGGAAAACACGCGAGGUCUGACUUCGUCGUCGCGUGGCGUUAAAUCGGGGCUCGUGAGAUGGAGCUGUCGAGAUCUUUUCCCGCCUCGCUAGCUGUGAUCCGCGCACUGGUGUCUGCGUAGGACGGCUUCUUCUUCUUGUAUUGUGGAUUCGUCGACCGUCGCCAGCCAGCAGGCGCUCAUUUGCUGCGAUUCAACAAACUCUCGACACGGAUCUAAAACAAGUCCACGUUCCGGGGAAACGCGUCCUCCGACCCCGCUUGAGAUCUGGCUAGCUGCAGGUCGAUCUCCCCGUGGCUUCGGACUAUCUCUGCUGUCUCUGCGUGGACAGGAAUUACGAGAGAAAUCGUAAUUUUUUUGUUUUUCGUUUAAUGUGAACGCGGCGAAUCUCAGGAUAAAAGUAGCAGCUGUUUUAGCAGCAUGCACGUAUCGCGAGGCUCCUGCUCUGGUUGACAUUGACUCUUGAACCAGCCCGGUGUUUAUUGUGAACACAAAGCGGCUCGUCGGUUUGGUGGGUGGUGGGGUCGUGAGGUUAUGCUGAUGCCGACGUGCUUCACACCGCGUCGCAGUGAGUGAACGGAGGCUCCGGGAUCCACGGGUCUGGCACAACGUAUUGGAGCCGACCCUUCUUCUCCUCGAUGUGAUCAGGUGAACUCCUAUUAUCUCUAAAGGGUGUUGAUGGAGAGGCAUUCGAAUGACAGCCGGGACUGUGGUGAUCACUGGUGGUAUCCUAGCGACCGUUAUCUUAUUGUGUAUCAUCGCAGUCCUCUGCUACUGCAGGCUGCAGUACUACUGCUGUAAGAAGGAGGAGUCGGAAUCCGAGGAGGAGGAGCCCGACUUCGCGGUCACGUCCCGCCUCCCGCCGGUCCACUCCAACCACAACAUCGUGGCGGCCGCGGCGGCCGCCUCCUCCGCCGUGCCCAAUGGCCCCGCCCUCUUCACCACGCCGCCGCUGGCCCGCAAACUGACGCGCUCGCAGACCAUCUGCCCGUCCUGCACGCACUAUGAGCUGCCCUUCUAUCUGCAGCCCGCCCCCCCGCACACCUACCACCAGCCGCACCCCGACGGACUGAGGAACGGGGGGGAACGCCUCAGCUUCCGGGGCGGGCCGCAGGAGCUGGACCUGCCGGUGCCCGUCAGCCUGUCCAGCUACCGCAAGAACCACCUGACGCGGGCUGUCACCAUGAGGGACAUGUUCACGCGCAGCUGCAGCAUCAGCACCGACGUGUAG